AUGCUACGGGGCAAGAGCCUACAACUCUCAGAUUUCCAAGUUCCAAAAGAAGGGAAGAUUACUCCUGUCCUAGCUAUCAUCUUUCUUGUUGUUUCUUUUUUAUGUAUUGCUAGUAGCAUCGCAAUCGUUUAUUUCUCCAAUGACAGGGCGGUCAACGACUGGAUAUCCCGUGGCCUAGCGGUCAAUCCCUCUGUCCUUCUGGCUGUUACCAACAGCGUUUUAGCGUUCUCGACGAAGCAGGUCUUCAUCGCAGGUGUCGCUAUCAAGUGGUGGCGUACAUACUACAGUGGUACAGAUCUGACCAAUCUGCACUACAUCGCAAACCAAGGAAAAGCAAAUGGAUGGCACGACAUGUUCCAACCAUUCAAGAGCUCGCAAGCCCGACAUGUCAUGACAGUCUUCGUUGCCAUCACACUUAUGGACCUUUCAGAUGGACCUCUCCUUCAGCGAUCUCUCAAGUCUGUCAUCACGAGACGCGUCCGACCCUAUGAGUCUGAUAUGGCCCUGGUACAGAACAUCACCGAUGGCUGGGCUGGCACGGUCGACAACGCGUCUCCGGCGAGAAUUUUUGCCUCUGGUGAUCUCGCAGGAGUCGUAGACAACUGGUAUAAUAACGUUACGGAAUCCUGGUCAUCCGAAUGUGUUGGAAGUUGCGAAGGCGUUCUCGUAGGCGCUGGAGUGGCGUUCAAUUGCAGUGCAGGAGCCCCAACAAAGAUCGAAUUACUUUCUCCGCAGAACUUCAAUGCGACGCUUUUCAGCAUUUCCUUUAGCAGGGCUGUCGAUGGCAUGGGUGCCCCAGUUGUAGAGAUGACGCACGAAUUUACCCACAACGUGACUGCAUCCUGCGAAGCCACAGUCGAGAGGCACUACUGUUCGAUCAGAGCUGCUACAGUCGAUUACGACGCCAUAAUCCUUUCAGAUUCGAUCAGGCUUCAUCCGAACCGUGAGCCUAGCCCCUCGUCGGUCUAUAAGUCAGCAGGUGAUCUGCCUGCCUCCGAUGAUACUCCUAUUGGCCCGCUCUCUGCACUAGACUACUUUGGUUACUACUAUCUGCGAUCUGUUAGUACAUUGUCUUCAGGGACAGGGGACGAGGAGGUUGGCAUGGAGACUGUCACGGGGAUGCUCGGAGCUGUAUUCUCAGAGGCCUCAGAGAGUGGGAAUUCGUCCUGCUCAUUUCAGUGGCUGAAUGCAACCGAUUCUAUUAUACACGACAUACACGACGUUAUGUUCCGGAUCGCCGUGUACAGCUCCACGGGUAUGCAAAUGCUAGCCGUCCCACGGGUGUUUCGCCACGAAUUGUUUGCUGACGCGCGUUAG